UUUUCUGAAACCAACCCUGGCAAACAAUUGUUUAUCGUAUAAAUACCGCUGGUACAGUUUUGAUAAGCAUCAGUUAAUUGUUCGGUAUCUUCAGCUGACAAUCUCCCAGAAGAAAUGAAGUCCUUCGUAGCAGUUGUCCUCUUCGUGGUGUCUAUUGUAGCGACAGAGCCGCAGAGUGGAGGAUACCAAUCAAACCAAGCUUCUGCGAAUAGCCCUUAUGCUCCAAGUGGAUGGAGACCUAACGGUCCUGCAUUUCGUUUACCUGAUCGAUUUCAGAAAUCUCAAGCUCCACCUGCAGCAUACGGUCCACCUCAACAGGAAUAUGGACCCCCAGAUAAUGAAAUGACAACAACAGAAGCAGCAACAACAACUGAAGCUGCAUUUGAGCAAGCCACUGAACUAUCUGAGGCGGAAAACAUGAAGCAAGCCCCUCGCAGCGAGAAACUCCAGUCUGCCAAAACUGAGAUUGCACCAGCCCAACCCAAUCCCGUGUAUGUGGUCAUUCCCCAGACCCAACAAGUGAUUUUCAGCUCUCCGUUAAGAGCCAUCAACCCCAGCCUGGUCACUGUCAACCGCCCAGAGAAACUCGUCGAGGUGGCCGACCCUUCCCCGGUACCAGUUCAAGCAGUCCCAGCUCUGGCGAAAAUUCAGGCUGCUCCUGCUCCAGUGCUGGUCGAACAAUAUCCCCAGGCAGUGCAGUACCAACAGAUUCAGGCGUUUCCCUUAGAUAAUUACGCUUCCUUUGUCUCAAGGACAUCAGUUGUUUCGCCAUAUAGCUCGUCAUUCGUCCAGAUUUAUCAAUAAUGAAUUUCAUUGGUAAUUAUUCAUUUGUUGAUUGAAUAUUCAUGUAAAUAUUAUCGAUAUAUGUAUAUUUAUUGUUGAGUUAUGCCAUGAGUAAUCGGUUUGGAAAAAUAAUUAUAUUAAGUACAUUUCAUUUCACACAAAAAGUAAUGAUAAUUGUUUUUGAAAGGUAUUAAUAGUUAUUAACUGAACAUUAAAUGAAUGAUUGAUAUAUAUAUUUGUUUUAAUU